CAGGCCUGCUGUGAGUAAUAUGCAGCGCACAGUCUACACGCAGCUUAACUUUCCGAUGUAUCACGAGAUCACUUUUCGUAAACAGUCAGGUGAUAGCCCACAUUCCGUGCAGAAAGUUUCGUGUUUCGUGAUCAUUCCUAGCGUUAACUUCCUUCUAAAACAGCCGUUCGUUUUGUUCGGAAAAGAUGGCCAAGCUGGGAGUUUCAGUGGCGCUGUUCCUAGCGUUUGCCGUUUUCGGCACCGCUCGAGCUUCUACCAACGUUCCAGUGUUCGUCUGGGGCAAGCCAUCUGUUACGUAUGUUCCGGCCCUGAGCCGCUACUCUAGCUCGGAGUUUGCCGCGCUGGUGGAAGCACAGAUCGAUGAAAACACGUUCACGGUCGUGUUCGCCGAAGAGCGCCUGUCGGCGGAAGAUCUUAGCCAAUGCAAGCUGAAAACGCAAACCUGCUUUAAGAAUCUGCAAAAGCUGGAGCGCAAAUCGUACCUUCCGAGCGUGGAGGAACCGCUGAGCGUGCUGGAAGGUUCGAACGCCCAGAGCGUCCAGCUGCUGGCCGACGGAACGCUCAGCGAGCGGGUCGUACCGCAGGCGGGCGGAAUUGUGGUGGUAAAUCUGUCCGGUGGUGAUUUUGCAUCACAUGACGCCAUCAUCGAUGCGCUGUACACUCGGCUUCGCAAUGCCCAUCCCAACAUUGUGGCCAUCUACACCGCCAAAACACCGUCCUUCAGCUACUCCCGUUUGGUUCGCAAGACGCGUCAAACCGAACCGGAACCGGAACCUACUCGCGAAGUGCUGUCGACCGAUGGAUUCCUGAUGGUGUACGAACAGUUCAAGUUCGGUCAGGCCGAUGCGGCGGAGCUUACCACCGCCAAGCUGGAUCGGGCCGCCAAGAUCGAAAACGCUACUACCGACUCGAUGCAAAUUCGGCUAACCGGUGCAGGAGCUCAGGUGGAUCUGUUCUUCCUGCAGACCCAAGGCUCGUGGGAAAUUACGGGCGUGUGGUUCGACAAUCAGGAGUACUACCUGCGCUACCGGGUGCACGUGAACCAACACUUUUCGUACAGCUGCAACUCCUGGGAGUACUACUCGUACGAUCUGCAGAAGAAGAUUGUCUUCGAGGAGGUGCAACUGCAACCGUUCUGGAGCACGGAAGGUGAAACCGUGCCAACGAACCGGUUCGGUGACGCGUGGUACUGCGUCGGAUUCACCAGCGGUGGCAUUCUGUCCGGGCUGUUUUUGAUUCUGAUCUUCAUCAUCAUCGGUUCGUACGGUAUCGCCUGGAUGAUGGACAUCCGCACGAUGGACCGUUUCGAUGAUCCGAAGGGUAAAACGAUUACGGUGAAUGCUGCUGAAUAACGAGACAGAUCCAGCACAACGCAGCAGCGUCCGUAGUAGUGUAGAUUCGUUGCGCGUCGGCCGUCAACGUCUGCACUUGGAAUGAUACAGAAUGCUGAAAUACAUACGCCAUUCCUGUUAGAGCACAAUAAUUGGAUUUGUUUUUUGUGUUUGAGAGUCCUAAAUUACAGAAGAAAAUACGCGAGAGUUGACUAUUUACAAUAAAAAAGCGUUCUUUUAUUCAGGAAA